ACAACAGUGCAGGACUAGGUUGCAACAUUAAUCAAGAAACAUAAUGACACUCACCAUGUCUCAGACAUUGUAACCACAUUCUGCUUAGGCCAGUGGAAUACAAUGAUAUAAAAUAUUGUACAUACCAUCUGUUAAUUACCUAACGGUAACGGAGCCGAGUUUAUUAUUAUCUUAAAAAAAAAAAAAAAAGGGCGAUGCAGGAAUAACAUUAGGUGACAUAUCCUUCAUCAGCAAGAUGAGUACACAUUGGCAGCCAGACAUGGACGAUUAAACAUGCUGCAUCUACAAUUUAAUACGGCUAAGAGGAUGUUUUAAAAGCAGACGACGGCGACGAUUGUAAGUGGAAGUAGAAUGGAUCGGGUUCGAAAAUGCGGGGUCUCGGGUCAAUUUGUGCAGGUGGAUGGCUGACCUGAUGUUACAAGGUAUCUGUUGAAGCUUCCCUCUACUGCCGCGGUACUAUACCACUACGCUAUUAUGAGAACUGUGAGGACUUUGGAGUAGAAAUCAGUGAUCGGGGAGAGUGUAAAGUCAUGCUGCCCGGGGUUGGGGUGUUUGGCACCAGCUUGACUGCCAGGGUGAUCAUCCCCCUUUUGAAGAACGAGGGCUUCUCGGUGAAGGCACUUUGGGGACGGACCCAGGAAGAAGCAGAGGAACUGGCCAAGGAAAUGAAUGUGCCCUUUUACACCUACAGAAUAGACGAUGUCUUACUGCACCAGGAUGUGGAUUUGGUCUGCAUAAACCUCCCGCCUCCCCUGACAAGGCAAAUUGCAGUCAAAACGUUGGGCAUUGGCAAGAAUGUGAUUUGUGACCGAACGGCCACCCCACUUGAUGCCUUCCGCAUGAUGUCGGCAGCUCACUACUACCCGAAGCUGAUGAGCAUCAUGGGCAAUGUGCUGCGCUUCCUGCCGGCCUUCGUCAAGAUGAAGCAGCUGGCCGAGGACGGCUAUGUGGGGGAGCUGCUGGUAUGUGAGGCGCAGGUUCACAGUGGGAGUCUGCUGGGGAAGAAGUACAACUGGAGUUGUGACGACUUGAUGGGAGGUGGCGGGCUGCAUUCAGUGGGCACCUACAUCAUCGACCUGCUCACAUUCCUAUCAGGGCAGAAGGCAUCCAAGGUGCACGGCUUCUUGAAGACCUUCGUCAAGCAGACGGACCACAUCAAGGGCAUCCGGCAGAUAACCAGUGAUGACUUCUGCACCUUUCAGAUGGUCCUAGAAGGGGGGGCCUGUUGCACAGUCACCCUCAACUUCAAUGUGCCUGGAGAGUUCAGACAGGAGGUCAUCUUAGUAGGCACGGUGGGCAGACUCAUUGUCAGCGGGACUGAUCUCUAUGGCCAGAAGAAUGAUGCCUUCCAAAGGGAGCUUCUUUUAAAGGACUCCACUCCGCUGGGAAACACCUUGCUUCCUGAGAAGGCCUUCAGCGACAUCCCGUCGCCCUACAUCAUUGGCACCAUCCAGAUGGUGCAGGCUGUUCGACAGGCCUUUCAGGACCAGGAUGAUCGGCGCACUUGGGACAGGAGGCCGUUAACCAUGGCUGCCACUUUCGAGGACUGCCUCUAUGCCCUGUGCGUGGUGGACACCAUCAAGAAGUCCAGCCAGACUGGGGAGUGGCAGAACAUUGUCAUCAUGACCGAGGAACCGGAGCUCAGUCCUGCUUACUUGAUCAGUGAAGCCAUGCGGCGCAGCAGAGUGUCCCUCUACUGCUAACUUUCAGGAGGAAUUAAGGGAUAUAAACAGUUGUUACUGUAUAUACUGUAUGGCAGAAAAUAUAUGCAGUAUAUGUGUCACAUUAAGAUAAUGGGAGGAAUUUGAAUGAGUUAAAGAAAAAUACCACAGGCUGGUCUCAGCCAGUGGACAACUUGGUAUGCAAGAGGCUCAGGUUUGAUAAUCAAACUGUGUGAAAGAAGCUCUUUCCUGAAGCAUCUGGGGAAGUCUGACACAUUGGCAAAAUUUCUGGCAGGAAUGCUCCACUAUUGAAGUAGGAUUGUUUAGUGUUGCUUUAAUACCCCCAAAGGGUUUACUGAUAUGGAUAUGUGUGGUUUGUGGCUCAAGUUCAAGUAGCAAAUUAAAAGAGCAAUUCCCCUUUUAGUGUUUCAGAAUCAACCUCAUCCCCUUCAUCUGUGAGCUUGCACUAAGCAAUCAAAAACACAUAAUUCGGGUAGUUUUAAAUUGGCAAGGGAUAACAAAGGUUCCAGAGGUACAGCACUUGCACUUCUCUCAACAGUGAAGGUUAUCUGCUCUUGAGUUGAACGGUUAACCCAUGGCUAUAUUCACUAAUACACAGGAAACAAAGAAUAUGUGAAAUCGGGCUUAUUGUCCUAUUACAAUAGAUAUCUGUGGGGUCAUUCAGAUCAUUUUAGACAUUUAAUGAACAAUUAUCUAUGGCACAGUUCUCAAUGUCAUAUAAAUCUCAAGUAAAAUACAUUUCCUUUGAAAGCAUUUAUUGUUACCUUUUUACAUUUAAUUUUCAAGUAAAUUGCAAUUUUCUUCUAUACAAAAAUGAAAUAAACAUACAAGAGUUUAGAAGGGUUUCAACAGAAGCUUUUAAAUACUAUUCAUUAUUCAGUCCAUGCUUAUGGAAAUGAAUGGCUAACAUUUAUUGGCAUGUUCACUAAUAUCUAAUAAAAGGUUUAAUUCAGUAUGAGGCACAUAUACCUGCACCAUAUGGGGUGCUUAAGACUAGACAAGAACAUGCAGCCUUCAGCAGUGCAGCACAUUGUUACAACCACUAGGAUCCUACUACUCUUAGUGCCUCUCCAUUACCUCAAGGAUCAAGAUUCAUUGAUCCUAUUAAUAAACAUGGUAAUCCUUACGAGUUACUCAAAAAAUAAAGGACUUACCAAAUUAAGUAGAAGGGUUAUAUGAUGAUCUCUCCUGUGCAUUUGGAAUAGGUGUUUCCAAAUGGAAAGAAGAGUAGUUUUGUAGACCCCUCUGAAGUCAUGCCUAGUGGACUGAUAUAUUGUAGCAGAUUCACUGCAGCAUUAGAAUUUACCCAUUUUGGGUAAAGAUUAUAUGGAGUUUUAUUUCUUAUGUGAUUUCUACUCACAGCUCAUUUGCUACCCCCUGUAUCGUCUUGCCCAGGGAUGAGUCACUUCCCCUUGUGUUGCCUUAAAAUCCUCCCAGCUGUUAAAUAUGGUAGAAACAAAACCACUAUUGGAAACUAGGAAUGCAAAUUUCUAAACAGACAGGUUGCCGAAUGGUUGGUGACAAAAUAAUGUAAAAUAUUACCAGGAGGGCUUUACGUCCGUUACAGGGUAUAAAUCCCUUGACCUCAUGAGAUUAAAAACAUCAUGUUAGUUGUCCCUCCUAUCCCUGGUGUACUAUUGAAUUAUACACUUAAUAGUUUUACAUCAGUCAAGCAUACGGUUCAUCAGCUGUGCUUUUCCAUAUAAAUUCUAAAUUCUGACUUCUUAGUUCAAGGGUUCCAUUAAGAUUUAAAAUCACAUGACAUUGCUAAGAAGCUAAGGUUUUAAUAUUAGCUUCAAUCAAUCAAACUUACAUUUUUCAGUCAGUGAUUUCAAUGAACCUGGAUUCUGUUUUAAAUUCAGUUGUCAGAUUGAAGAGCUGUACAAUUCAAAAUGUCAAAGAGCUUUUCACUAGAAGGGUAUUUUCUUUUUUGCUUCGGCUUUUUCAGCUGAUUACAUGCGUAUUUUUUUAAAGGUUUCUUAUGAUGGAGCACAGCAGCAAGGCAACACCAUGCCUUCUCCAAGUGGGAACCUUAACUGCUAUACAUUUAGCAUAUGGAGAACUUAUUAGGUGCAGUCUUUAUCCAAUUGAUAAUGGAGUGCAUGAAAUAAAACUGUCUUUGCUUAAAAUGUGCCUCAGAUUAAAUCUGUUGUUAAAGGCCAGAAUUUAAGUAUUUUGCUUGACCAUGAAGUCCUUUUAGUAGAGGGAGGCAUUUGGUCUUGCAUGCUUCCAAUCAAACACCAUUUAAAAUCUUUCAUCCAUAUCAAAUCAUUUUUAAUAUACUUUUUUUUGUGUUGUUAGAUAAGCCCUUAAACUCCAAUAAGUGUGAUGGAAAUAUUGACAUUAUAUUAGGGCAGUAUGUUAAUGGAACUUUUUAAAAACUUGAAGGGAAGGGGAACAUUACAGCUUGAAUCAGUGAACUACUGCAUUUCCAACCAUGGGCAGCACUUAAGCAUGUACUCCCUGAUAAACAAAGGGAAUGUAUCUAUAAAAACAAAUGGUUCCCUAUUGUAAUUAUAUAUUUAUGCAGGAUGCAUCUUGAUGAGAUGCAACAUGCCACUUAUAGAAUAAGAGGCUAGGUCCAGUGGUUAAAGAAAAUGGCUUGAUAAAUAGGUCCCCAGUUCAAAUCCCGGCUCAGUCACUGAUUCGCUGUGUGUGACCCUGAGCAAGUCACUUAACAUCCUUGUGCUCCGUCCUUUGGUUGAGACGUAAAACCAAAGUCCUAUUGUAAGUGACUAUGCAGCAGCAGUUGUUGAUGCAUAGUUCACCCUCUAGUCUCUGUAAGUCACUUUGGAUAAAAGCGCCUGCUAAAUGACUAAUUAUAAUAAUAAUAAGGUGAAACUUUUUAAGGUAGGGUUACCAUGUGGCUCCAGAUUAACCGGACGCUGUGAGACAGAACAGGAUUUCAAACUUGCCCCUAAAUUGAAAUAAAUGAAGGUGUAAAUGAACCAUCCUUAGCUACAAUUAAGAAUGGUGCUUAAAUACCUGCAUGCGCGUCAAAUAAUUGUAUUAAACUAAGAAUGAAUUGCAGCCAGUCGCUAUUUUUUCUGUUUGUUAAAAUUCAAUCGGCCAUAUUAUUCUGCAAAUACAAUCACAUCAUCAUCUCGUUGCUCUAUCGAUAAAUUAGCUAUUCGUUCAUUAAGAUCUGAUCAGAAGCAGCUGAUCAGUGUGAAUUGUUUGCUGCGCCCAUGCAAUUCCACCACAGCAGGAUUAAUCUCAGCAAAGGUGGAGCUCAUUUAUACGUGAAUUACUUUCAAUUUAGGGGGAAUUUUGAAAUCCCGGUCUGUCUCAAAGCGUCCGGUUAAUCUGGAGCCAUAUGGUAAUCCUAUUUAAGGUGCUGUGACAACAAAAAUGGAUUAUCAUACAAAUGGUGUAUUUGUGAAUCCACUCUGUUGUUCAAUCUCAUCAUAAGGAUUUCACCUCACACAGUCCCCUAGCACUAACAUGGAGCACUGAGCACUGGAGCUCAUGUUCUGGCCUCGAGUGGAGAGUGCUGUCUUUUGAGUUACUAAUACUUUUUGUUGAAGCACAGUAGUCCUUGCAAGAGUCUCUAUGAAAGUGCUGACUAGGCCCAGCUCUGCUUAGCUUCUGGUCUCAAAUAAGGUGGGAAUAUAAGAUAUACUAAGGCUUAAGGCCUCAGAUUGCAAAGAAAAAGCAAAGCCCCUGCACAGUACUGAAAAGAAUAGAGCAACUAUCCCUGGUACUCUAUGCAAAAUUCCCCAAAGAAAUGUUGCCCUUCUUUUAAUUUAAUCAUUUUAAAUGUACAUACAUGAGUGGCAUGAGCCAACCUUCUCUGCAAUACAUCUCAAGGGUAAUGGGGCCUCUAUGGAAAUGAGCAUGAAUACUUAAAGGGCUAAACAGAACAGACCUCUUCAGAUUAUCUUUCUGAUGCAUGGCUUUCCCUGUUGCCAAUGCAGAAGGGGCAGCAAAAGUUGUGCCGUUUACCUGCUUUACAAAAGGGAUUAGAGAUGGCCUCUUGGAGGAUAAACAGCCGUGAAUGUGUCAAGGUUUAACAGUCGGAGCAGUGCUUAGGGAAGUAUGAACAAUUAGCAAUAAUAUAUGUACUGCUGAGAGUACCAAAUUAAGAACUACAUUUAACUGUAUCAAUAUACCUAUUUCAGGCACAUGACUGAAGCAGGGGAAGGGGGCAUGUAGCACUUUCAUUAAGAGGAUGUCUAUCUCAAUCUGCUAAUCUGUGUUAUGAGUGCCAUGGCAAGUAAUUGAACUGCUACACCACCUCCAAAUGGCUAAAUUCAGGCACAGCAUGUCUGUGCUAUCAGUAGCUAUUACCUUAGCACUCUUAAGUGAGCACCUACAAAAAGUAUAGUUUAUGAGUACGGUUGCUAGUCUCCUAUUGCAAACAGUUUGGCAUCCUUCAUAAUCUCAUAAUUUAAAAUGAGACAGGAGUUCUUACCAAAUCUCGUUAAAGUUGGUAACAACUCAAUGAUUACUUGUAUGGAGGUAAGCAUAGACAGCUUACACGGUCUGAAACCUGCAGUCUUCCAUUAUGCUGUUUAAAGCUCCUUUAGAACACACCCCUUUUAAUAAAGUGUUGCAAGUCUACCUUCAUGUUGUUAUUUACAAUAUGAUGCUCAAGCAAUGCUUGCUGUACUGCUAAGCACUACCCAGAUAUUGCUUGUUGCAUGUCAAAUAAGUUUCAUUAAUUAGAAAAAAAUUAUAAUAAUCUACUGUAUGGUAUAGUACCUUAUUAGUUUAUGUUAGGCAUUGAAUAAUUAAAGACCCAGUGGAUAAUAAAGUAUGUGUCUACUGGGAUUUCAUGGAGAUAGGAGGUAGGAAAAGUUAACAUUGAAUCCAGUCUUUGUUCUGUGGCUGUGCACUGAUACAAAUGAUGCCAAGUUCAAACUUAAUUCUGUGACGUUACGGAAUACUUGAAAAAAAUAUUUUUAUAAUAUAAAGGCUUUUUAAUGUAGAUGUGAAAUUGGUCAUGUUUUUUUUAUUAUUAUUUAUUGAGCCGCAAAUGCUUUUGACUACUUUUAUUUGAAUCUUUUUAUUAUGACAGAAAUGUUGCAACACAACAGUGGCUUCUUCCACAAAUAAAGUGGAAUAUAGAAAAAAAUAUUACAUAUGGAACAGCUCAGAUGGCUGUGAUCUUUUCGCAUGCUGGUAUAUUGUAGAGGAUAGGAUGAUAAAUAAUUCUUGCAUGAUUUCAGAUCCUUGGAAGAGUGUAAAUUUCAUUAAAAUAAUUGUUGAUGGCAGUCACAGUAAUGCAGAGCUACUGUAUAGACAAGCUAUGCAAAAUAUAUGUACAGUGUAUAGUGCAAUACAGUGUGCACAGUAUGGCACUAUUCUCUUCAUUAGGCAUCUCUUAUCAUUUUCUAUGAAAAAGGCACCAUUGUUUUAAUGGUCGUUUUUUUGAAGCUGUAGCAAGGAAAAUAUAUCGAACGUUCCUUCCUUGUCUUUUAAAGACAAUAUAUGGCAAACAUUUAAUUUAAUUUAAUUAAUUAAUUAAUUAAUUAAUUAAUUAAUUAAUUAAUUAAUUAAUGUGUAUAUGUGUGUGUGUGUGUAUAUAUAUAUAUAUAUAUAUAUAAAUAAAAAGUCCUUCUGAAAAGCCAAUGUCUGAUCACACGUCACACAUUUUCAAAGAUCUGAGGUUAUGCAAGAAAUAUUUGACACGUGGAACUAAAUUCCACAUCUAUAUUGCACCCCUUGACCCUAGGGGAAUACUGCUACACUAAGGUGCUGUACUGUAAACUGUAUAUAUGUGUUGAGAGGCAUUCUAGCUAUGGAGUACAAGUUUAAUAUGCUCCAAGAGCACUGGGAGUGACAAAACUGCUAGAGGGCAGUGUACAAUAUAUAGCAGUAAUUUCCUGACAAAAAAUUACGAUCCAACUUUAACUGUGUGUUGCCUGAUUCAUGUUAAACAAAGCUAGCAACUCAUUACCAUUUUUUUUUCUUUUAACGGAUCAAGAAUACUGUUAAAUUAAAAAUCAACAUGCCUGUAUUCAGACUAGAAUGUAAAUACAUACUUAGUAAUGUGUAGUUUAGAGAGGUGGUAUAGACUUGUGUAAGUUUAAAAACAUUACCAUAGAAUGCCAUAGAAUAAAGGUUUGGCUAGAUAAACUAGCAACAGUUUGUGUUUAUGCUAAAGGAGUACCAUAUGUGAUGCACUUCUGGGACAGGAAUAUUUCUUUGUAGAUGCUAUCCUUUUAAUGUUUAAAGUCUGGAUAAGCAGCAGUUUAUUUAAACAGUGAUAAUGUUAAUUGGUCCCACAAUUAUCCUCAACAGUAUAUGUGGCCUUGUGAAUGCAUUCUGCCAUUCAUUGUGUUUAUGAAUGCUGCCCCCAACAGUUCCUGUACUGUUGUUGAAGAACUGGAUUCAUUUUGUUGCGGUAUUGUUGUUAUAUAUAUAUAUGUAUUUACGGUAUUGUAUUUUAUGUAUAUUGUUGAUGCAUGGACAUAUGUAUAUAUUUGAAAGAAAACAAAAUAUUUAUCAAGAUAGAGAAUGUACUGUAGGAAUAUAAAGUAUAUAUUUUAUAUAAUGGAGAUAGUGUUUUAAAUGAUAACAAGAAAAACAUUUUUGUUUGUUAUUAGACAAAAAAAUGUGCUGUACGACUGUCUUCAGUCUAACUACCUUGUACAGACUAGUUCCAUGACCUACUCUAUCUACUCUGUGUCCUCCUUGUUUUGUUGCUGUAACCUGCAUCCCUGCUUUGUAUUGCUUGGGGAAUGUGGUUGUUUUGAUCUAAGCUAUGUGAAGGUUGCAACAUGGUUUGCAACUGUAGCAGUUCUUAUUCAAUGCUUUAUGAAAUAAAUAAUACAAAAACACA